AUGUGGAGAUCAGCUGUGACACCUGAUUGGAUAGCUUUGGUUAGUGCUUUGAAGGCUUAUUCAGAUGUGGAGGAGUUGAGUCAGGGGAAAUGUAUACAUGGUUUCAUGGUUAAAGUGGGGCUUGAGUUUGAGAUCGAUUUAGGAAUAGCAUUAACUUCAUUGUAUGCUAAAUGUGGACAGGUGAUGUCUGCGAAGAUGUUGUUCAAUCAAGUGCAGACCAAUGAUGUGAUUCUGUGGAAUACCAUGAUCUCUGGAUUUGCUAGAAACGGUUGUGCUAUGCAAGCAUUGGACCUUUUUACAGAGAUGUCUUCCAGAAACAUUGCACCAGAUGUUGUGACUGUACAGUCUGUAGUCUUGGCUUGCGCUGACCAAGGUUCACUUUAG